CGCGGGAACAGCCUCAUCCACAUCCACGCGAACCCCCUCGCAGCUGGAGUCACGCAACCGCCGUCUCCUCGCCGGCGCUCCCCGGCACCGCCGCCGCAUCUCUCCUCGUCGGCUCGAUCGCCGCCUGUACACGCGGGGAAAAAAAGAGGGAGAAGGAGAGGAUCAGCAAAACCGCAAGCCCUUCACUCGUCGCCCCCCGCUGCAAUUGCCCCGCCCGUCCGCAGCCGCUUCUCCCCACUUCUCCCCGGCGUCCUCUUCCUCCUCCGGCGGUCCGGCCCCACGCCGUCCAUGCCAAGCAACCGCAAUUGCUGCGCGCGUUUUUGAUCCAGUCACACCUUCCUCGAAUUCCUCUCCCGCAGCAUAUCGGUUCUUCGUCACCGAAAGAUGGUCGGCGGCGGCAAUGAGUUCCGGUUCUUCUUGUCCUGCGACAUCAGCCUCCCGCUCGCCUUCCGCGUCCUCCACGCAGAACAUAUCCUAUUGACGCAGCAAAAAGUCCCAGAGCUCUUUGUUGAGUGCAAGCUAUAUAUCGAUGGGAUACUAUUUGGGUUGCCUGUAAAGACAAGGCUGGAACCUUCAGGACCAACGUACUUUUGGAAUGAACUGAUAACACUAAGUACCAAAUACAGGGACCUGACUUCCCUCUCACAGCUUGCAUUUACGGUGUGGGAUGUCUCAUCUGGUGAGGACCCUGAGAUUGUUGGUGGGGCCACCAUAUUUCUUUUCAACAGCAAAAGGCAGCUUAAAACAGGAAGGCAGAAGCUGCGGCUAUGGCCCAAAAAGGAAGCAGAUGGAGGAGUCCCCACCACAACCCCUGGCAAGGUUCCUAAGAACGAGAGGGGUGAGAUAGAGCGUUUGGAGAGGCUUGUUAACAAGUAUGAGAGAGGGCAGAUACAACAUGUGGAUUGGCUUGAUCGUCUUUCCUUCAGUGCUAUGGAGAAAGCUAAGGAGAAAGAGUGUGAGCGGAAGGCCAAUUUGUACCCUAGCCUGGUUGUUGAAUUGUGCAGUUUCGAACAUAGAGUUGUCUUCCAGGAAUCUGGAGCAAACUUUUAUAUUCCAGCCCCGGUAUCAUUAUCAAAUGAGCUGGUUACUGUAUGGGACCCUGAACUUGGACGAACCAAUCCAUCUGAGCACAAGCAGUUAAAGCUUGCUAGGAGCUUGACUCGUGGGAUAGUUGAUAGAGAUCUAAAACCAAGCUCAAAUGAGCGAAAGUUACUACAAACAAUUAUUAAGUUUCCUCCUACACGUACUUUAGAGGUUUAUGAGAAGCAAUUGGUGUGGAAAUUUCGUUUCUCUUUGAUGUCUGAGAAGAAAGCUCUAACGAAAUUUGUCCGUUCAGUGGAUUGGAGCGAUAACCAAGAAGCUAAGCAAGCUAUUGAAUUGAUUGGAAAGUGGGAAAUGAUUGAUGUAGCUGAUGCACUGGAGCUUCUCUCACCGGAUUUUGAAAGUGACGAAGUCCGAGGUUAUGCUGUCAGCGUACUUGAAAGGGCUGAUGAUGAAGAAUUACAGUGCUAUUUACUCCAGUUAGUGCAAGCUCUUCGGUUUGAAAGAUCUGACAAGUCCCGUCUGGCUCUCUUUCUUGUAAACCGUGCUUUGUCGAACAUUGAAAUUGCUAGCUUCCUUCGGUGGUAUAUACUAGUUGAGCUUCAUAGUCCCGCAUAUGCAAGACGAUACUACGGUACAUAUGACAUGCUUGAAAAUAGUAUGAUGAAAUUAGUUGGUAGGGAGGAUGGGGAUGAAGAUGGGUUUCGACUGUGGCAGAGUUUAACCCGGCAGACAGACCUCACUGCUCAAUUAUGUUCUAUUAUGAAGGAUGUAAGAAAUGUACGCGGUAGUGCACAAAAGAAAAUUGAAAAACUCAGGCAGUUAUUAUCUGGAGUUUUCAGUGAGCUUACAAACUUUGAUGAGCCAAUUCGUUCACCUUUAGCGCCAACUCUUCUCCUUACAGGAGUUGUGCCUCAAGAAUCAUCUAUAUUUAAAAGUGCCUUGAACCCUUUGCGCCUGACAUUUAAGACAGCAAACGGGGGAACAUCCAAGAUUAUUUACAAAAAGGGAGAUGACCUCCGACAAGAUCAGUUGGUCAUUCAAACAGUUUCUUUGAUGGACCGAUUACUCAAACUAGAAAACCUGGACUUGCACCUUACCCCAUAUCGAGUUCUUGCAACUGGACAAGAUGAAGGGAUGCUUGAAUUCAUACCUUCCAGUUCUCUCGCACAGAUCCUAUCAGAACAUCGCAGUAUUACAAGUUACCUACAGAAGUUCCAUCCUGAUGAGGAUGGUCCUUUUGGUAUAACAGCUCAAUGUUUGGAAACUUUCAUAAAAAGCUGUGCUGGUUACUCUGUCAUUACAUAUAUAUUGGGGGUUGGAGACAGGCAUCUGGAUAAUCUUCUUCUAACAGAUGAUGGACGCCUCUUCCAUGUUGACUUUGCUUUUAUCCUUGGCCGAGAUCCAAAGCCAUUUCCACCACCGAUGAAGCUAUGUAAAGAAAUGGUUGAGGCCAUGGGUGGUGCAGAAAGCCAAUACUAUACGAGAUUCAAGUCCUACUGCUGUGAAGCGUACAACAUUCUAAGAAAGUCGAGCAGCCUCAUUUUGAAUCUGUUUAAGCUGAUGGAACGGUCAGGCAUUCCAGAUAUCUCUGCCGAUGAAAGUGGAGGUCUCAAGCUCCAGGAGAAAUUCCGACUGGAUCUGGAUGAUGAGGAGGCUAUCCAUUUCUUCCAGGAUCUUAUCAAUGAAAGCGUCAGUGCACUGUUCCCACAAAUGGUUGAGACCAUCCAUAGAUGGGCUCAGUAUUGGCGAUAAGCUGACACAGAAGUCAAGCACAAAUCUGUACAUGCUGACUGUUAUGAACUAAUAAAAAUGGAUUGUGUAGACUAGCGGAUGGGAGCCUGACAUUUGAGGUUAAUCUGUGGCAGACGCUGCUGUAAAUGGAGGUGGACAGGUGGUCAUGCCGGUGAUCCCUAGGAAUUCCAUGUUUGUCUCCCCUCUCCCGUGAUGGAUAGUUUUUCACUAACUCUCGCACCUCCAUGGGCAUACCUUAAAUGUACGACGUAUAUAUCAACUUCAAGACCAACAAAUUUCUGAAUAUUAGAUGAUCGUAUCUAGUUUGUAACGAGAAGACUAGCUUACCCAGCAGUCAACAAAUGCCGCACAACAUUUCCAUGUAGCCUCGGUAAUAUUACUGAAAUUUGAAAAAGAAGGUAGGGAGUGACACAGCUGGGAUACUGAUAACAUGCUUAUUUCAUUGAUUGUUUACAA